AUGGAUUCGACGCCCGAUGACGACGACGCUCGCGCCACGGAGCUGGAAACCCUCGAGGCCAUUUACCCCGAGCUUCGCCGCACUGAUGGCGCCAGAUACGUCUUUGACCUCGAGCUGCCCGUCGAACCGGCUGCUCCCGUAACAGUCACCUUUCCUGCGGCCGCUCUGUCUGAUCAGGCUCUCAACGGCCCCGCGUCUACGGCGCCGGCUCCGGAAGACUCUUUGCAGGUCUCUCACUUGCCUCCUCUUGCUUUACACAUUACUUUACCAGACGGCUAUCCCGCAAAAUGCCCGCCUUUGGUUCAGAUCUCAACCGCUCCUCCGUGGCUCUCGGCAGACAGGCUUUCUCAACUGGCCGAUGAAGCAUCUAGGCUGUGGGAAGAGAUGGGACGGGACUUGGUGGCCUACACUUACAUCGACCACCUCCAGCAGGCUGCUGACAACGUGUUUGGGGCCUUUACCGCCGAGGGCACUCUUCAGGUGGACCCGGAGCAUAAGCUUGCUGUGCUGGACUACGAUAUCAAAGCCAAGAAGGCGGCGUUUGAUAAGGAGACGUUUGACUGUGGCAUAUGCUUAGAUCCAAAGAAAGGGUCAAAGUGUCAUAAGAUGCUUGACUGCGGUCACAUCUUCUGCCUGCAAUGUCUCCAAGACUUCUACAAUGACGCCAUCAAGGAAGGAAAUUUGUCAACUGUGCGCUGCUUGGCCCCCAACUGCGCCAAAGAACGCUCUACGGCCGCCAAUGCUGCAGGUGAAAAGGGGCGCAAGCCCAAGGUCUUCAUCAGCCCUAGCGAACUGCUGCAGAUUGGGCUCUCUGAAGACAUGGUCAAGCGCUAUGUUGAUCUCAAGUACAAGACGGAGCUCGAAUCAGACAAGAACACGAUAUACUGCCCUCGACAGUGGUGCAAUGGAGCUGCUCGCUCCAAGAAGCACAAGAAACCCUUGGGUCUCAAUUUCGGCGAGACUUCCGACGCCGAGUCUGACGAGGAUGAGAAAGGCGACAAGGGCAAGAAAGGGGCGGAUAAGUUCAACCCUGGGGACCUGCUGUCUGUCUGCGAGGAUUGCGGAUUCGCCUUCUGCAGCCGAUGCUUUCAAUCAUGGCACGGAGAGUUUGUCCUUUGCGCCCCCAGGCGAAAAGACGGCGAGCUCACUGAGGAAGAGAAGGCGUCUCUCGAAUAUCUCAAACUCCACACGAGCCCCUGCCCAACCUGCAACGCUCCCGCGCAGAAGACUCAUGGCUGUAACCAUAUGAUCUGCUCGCGAUGCGAUACCCACUUCUGUUAUCUGUGUUCCUCCUGGCUGGAUCCAGGAAAUCCGUACCGCCACUACAACCAACAGGAGAAUGGAAAGGUAACCUCAUGCUACAUGCGCCUGUGGGAGCUGGAAGGUGGAGAUGGCGACGAC